AUGUGUGACGGCGAAGAGCCAUGCGCCCGAUGCGUGAGCCGGGACAUUUCAGAAACAUGCCAUUACGACGUGAACGUGAAAACAGCAAAAGAGGAUCUAAUACGCAUGGUCAAAGACCUCGAGGAACAAAAUACUGGCUUGCAAGGAACGAACGAGGAGCUGCAGGACAAAUAUGAAGGGAUGCGCGUCAGACAUGAUGACUACAAAGAAAAGGCAGCGAGAAUUGAAUCGAUUUUGGCUGCGCUUCGGGCCAAUGGUCAAGGCGACGAGAUAAUUCGUCGCCUCAAAGAAGGGCAAACAUAUCGGCAAAUCUCACACUGGCUUGGUCGGCCCGUUGUGGACGACGUGGACAUGCUCUCCCCGACCUCAGAGCGCAAACUGAUCGAAGCUCUCAAAAGAUCCGGACAAGCAAGCCCAGACUAUUUUGAGCUUCCCAUCUCUGUUGACCUCAUAGAAAAAUGGACUGCGGUCACAACUGACCAGAGAUUAGUACAGCAUCUGCUGGCACUCUAUUUCACUUGGAUACAUCCCGUCCAUAUGUUUUUCAGCGAGGCGCUUUUUCUCGAGAGCUUUCACAGUGGCGACACAAAGUAUUGCUCGAGUUCUCUAGUAAACGCCCUUUGUGCAAUGUCGUGCGUCAUCUUUGACGAGCAUGAGGAUGUCCCGGCCCUGUCCCUAGCCCAGGAGUUUUUGGAACAAGCUGAAACAGCUAUCCGGAGAGAAGGGCAGUCCAGCUUCCCGACUUUUCAGGCCUUGGCUAUCAUGUUCCUUGUCGAACUCUCUAUCGGCAGCGGAGCCAGAGCGUGGCCCUACCUUAGACUUGCUGCGGACUCAAUCAAUAGCGUGGUUCUGUCAAAUGCGCCAUUGGAGGCUCAGAGGAUCUAUCUCCAGGGUAUUGAGACACUCGAUGCCACAUGGGCUUGGUUUACCUACCAAAUAUCCACUCCUCCCGUGAACAACAAGGCGGCCCCUUUCCCCGAUGGCGAACCCGACGUACCUCCUACUUUGUGGAAGUUUUAUCGUACUGAAAAUGACCGCGAAGCCGCCGACAUACCCAGUUUCGAAAUGGAGACCGCAAGAGAGCGCGCUAAAUUGUAUACUCUUGUCCAGAAGACCGUCAACUUAUUUUGCGGAAGCGAUGGAAAUAUCUCAGCCAGAUCGCUGAUGCAGAUUUAUCGAGAGUUCUUGUCCUGGAAGACAUCAUUACCUCCAGUACUGGUUCGAGGCAAUCCUGCGUCUGCACAGCUACCCCAUGUCCUUCUCCUGCAUAUGGAAUUCCAUGCUGGCAUCAUUCAUCUUUUCCACCCAUUGUCGACAUGUGAAAAAUUCAUUCUCCAGUUUCGUGAACAGCUUCAACGUUUCCUCCUGGACCACGCCAGAGCGGGUCUCGACCUUGCCGCAUCAUAUGCGAGCCAGUACUCAAGCCGUUAUCAGCUUCCUGUCCAUUCCUUUUGCCUCCUCAACUUCUCGGAGAUUAUCCUGCGCUAUGAUCCUGAGAGCGCUGUUACUUCUGACCUAAUUGGGUUUUGUUUGGAAGCAUUUGAUCAGGCCGGUGCGGGGUUCAAAAUUUGCAGGCCACUCCUGCAUAUGUUUCUCAAGACAGUCCGCGGCUGUGGACUUGGUAUCCCAGGGGAGCAUGCGCGAUUCAAUGUGCCAUCCCGGGAGUGCGAUGAUGAAGAGCUUCUGAAAGCAUGUGGACGGCUAACCACAAAUCAGCCCGUCACAGAGAUCAUGGAAAGGAUCGAACCGACAAUGGCUCAGGAUCUUGCAGAAGAGUGGCAAAAGCUGACUCACGAGCAUUCGUCUGGUAGGCGUAACAGCACCAGUGAGAGUAUGUUGAAAAUCAAUGCUCUUCUGAACGACUGA